CUGCAGCUAUACGAUGCACAGGCGGCCAGUGCGCCCUACCGGUACACCAGGCUCUCCUCAGAGCCUAGUCGUGGGCCCUCUCGGUCCUGCGGCGGUUCGCGCAAACACUCCCUGUCUGGUCUGACUCCCUCCGAACAGGAGUAUCAGAUCAAGCGCUGCAGUAGCACCGGCAGCUCCUUUAAGUUCUACUCCCUGGACGGGCCGGCCAGUGAGACCAAUGAAUGCGGCGGCGGUGGCGACGGUACGUCCUUUGAGAAUCUGACUGGCAGUGAACCCGAUCAGGGAUACAACGUGAAUGCACUCUGUGCGGAUCGCUAUCACAGUGAACUGGACUUCGAAUUUGCCCAUCGGAAACGCUGGAUGCGCCUGCUGAUAGCUACUGAGAGGGCCUUUGCUGUAAUCGAGGCCGUCCUGCCCACAGGCGUCCGAAUGGCCGAUUGUCCAAUUUUAGUUUUGUGGCUAUUCAUUAUUGUUUCCUUUCACGGUUGUGGCGUGUACUUGGGUGGCUUCAAACUUCUUGAGGCCUCUUAA